UUUGAAUGAACUAAAAAUGUUUAUGCGGACGAAAACGAUAUUCAGAAAACGUCGCUGCAUACGAGCCUUAAAGUAGAAACUCGAAACCUGGGCUGCAGCAUAAAAAUAUCCCCUGAAUUGAAGGGAAAUUUUUUAUUCAAGGCUUUCCAAACAACCAACUGUCAAACGCGCAUAUGUAUGGGUAACAACGCUGUUAGGGGCAGUCGGUUUUGUAUAUAUUGUACGUAUACAUUUGUUUGGCCUGGAAGAAAAGUGGUGAAAUGUAGGUACGCAAAAGUAUGUGUCUGGCCGGUAAUCAUAUCGUAAUCCAGUAAUGUUUUAGCGUCCUGGUCUUUUAUUUUGAUUGUUCUCAACCCCAUACGUCGUUUGUUGUUUGCCGAUAUGUGAUAUGAAGUGUAACUGCUAAAUUUUACGGUUAAGUUUAAAGUGUAGUAUCCACGAUGUCUCGAGCAGAAUAUUAUCUAGCGCUGUGUCUUCUGGAUGCAUUAGAUGAUCAAUGCUUGGAAUCGCUCCGAGUGCUGUUGGAAGUGCAUAAAGCUAACCCGAACGCUAUUGUGUUGGAGAAAAACGUUGCCCCGAUUCAUCUCGUCAUUGGUGUCGAGGAUGAGCGGCUUGCGGAACAAAUGACCCGCCUCAUGCUGCAGCACGGAGCGGAUCCAAAUCUUAGUACCAACACUGAAGGAAUGACUCCUUUGCAUGUUGCUGCUAAUUUAGGACGAGUGAAGCUGGUUGAGCUUUUGCUGAAAGCUGGCGGUGAUAUGGAUUUGAAGGACGAUGAAUUGAAAACACCAGUACAGUAUGCUGUCGAGGAAGGUCAUUAUGAUGUUAUUAAAGCAAUGCAGAAUUUCGCUUUCGAGAAAAAAUUCGAAAAGAAACGGGAACAGAUGAUGCAGCAGAAUCAUUCUUCCGGAAAUGGGUAUGUCAAAUGCCUUGGAGGUUAUCUCAGGUUGACCACUCCAACAAAGAACUGUUUGAAUGCCGUACAAGUUCUUGACGAGAACAAAUUGACUCCGAAUCGAAUUCACUAUAAUUUUGAUGUUACUUCACCAUAUUACAUCAAUAUAACACAUCGAAGGAAAAGUCGCUCAAAAAUAGUGAAAGACAACAUUAAUAAAUCCAUUAUUGAAAUUGAGCAAGCUGAGAGGCAAGAAGAGGCAAAUGAAACACAAGAAAGUUCCGACGAGGAAGACAUUGUGGUAGGACGGAGAAAUUUGUUCGAGCUAACCGAACGAAACUUGACAGAUUUUAGUCGGAAUAUGACUGGUAUGGGCCGAAGAACCUCUUUCAUUGAGUGUUGGCGGGACAAGGUGUCUGCUUUACGUGUAAAACACAAACUAAGUACGAAUCUGCACGACAUCGAGCGAAUUUUAUCAGGUUUUUCAGAUGAUAGCAUCACCGAACAGCCGAAAAAAGAUUUUUUGCUCGAACACAAUAGUGGCAGCAGUAAUAUUUUCGAUUCCGACGCUGAGCAAAAUAACUCCUUCCAAACAGCUGUCGAACAAACACAUUACGAAGAUAGUCUGAAAACAAACGAAUUCGCUCGUGAACCGAUAACUUCACCAGAAUCAGUGAUCGUUUCGAAGUCAACCACACGAGAGCCGCACAACGGCAUCGUGCAAAUCACAGAGGAGUACAUCCAUACAGAUGAUGAAGCUGGUUUGGUGUUUUACGAGAAAAAGUUUCUAACUGAACCCACCUCAAAAGGACUAGCAAUUUCUGACUAUAGACGCAAUCCCUCAUUAUCUAGCCAAUCGACUGCACUCACACUGCCCCCACUGGAUUACGACACCGAUGCUCUACGAGCGGAACUGACAAAUUUCGGUGAACCGCCUGGUCCUAUUAAUAAACACACGAAAAAGUUAUAUCUUAGAAAGCUAAUCAAAUAUAAACGAGAUCCUGAGCGAGCUUUAGUUACAGCCAGGGACAAACAGUAUCCUAAUUUCUCGGUAGAGCUUUUGUCUACUGUUCGCAGUGAAGAUGUCUUCCGACAGAUAGCUGACUAUGCUCAACUAGAGGCAGAAAUGUCAGUAGAAUUUCAAACUACCACCGAAAAAACUUGGCGAGAAGGCCAUCUGAAAAAGAGCUUCAUCUAUCUACUGAUCGAUCCACGCAUCUCGGAAAAUCUUCCUGCCCAGCAGAAGCUACUUACACCACAUGAGCUGUGGAAGCGAUUUCUGACUUCCAUAUUUUAUGUUGGUAAAGGAAAAUCCAGCCGACCCUACUGCCAUCUGUACGAUGCGAUGAAGCUGUACCAGCAAAAAUCAGUCGAUCAGCACCACCUGAAGCUCCCAAUUACCGAAACACAACUGCAGAUUGAAGAGGAGCAAAUCAUUUUCCAGAGUGAAGAUCGUAUAGAGAGGGUUUGUCGUGCAUCCAAGAUACUUAAUCGCAAGCAGAUGACUGACAGUGCCAAGCUAAACCGGAUAAUCGACAUCUGGCGCGCACAGCGAGGCGUCAUUUGUUUGCACGUGUUCCACAGUAUUAUGCCUGCCGAAGCGUACACCCGAGAGGCGGCCAUUAUCGAUGCGUUUGGGGUACAAAACCUGACUAACCUCAAACGUGGCGAUUACUACGGAAAGGCUUUGUCUUGGCCAAUGAAGCGCCGUAAACAGCUGGGUAUUUUACUGCUUUACAAGGCAAUGCUAAUGUUUUUGGCAGAAGGCGAAACGCAACUGCUGCCGAGUGAUUUGAUUUAAUGUGAUUAAGAGCAAAGGUUCGCAAUUAUGUACUUAUUUUGUAAAAAUAAAUUAACGGAUGUAAAAAGUCUGCCAAAAUAUAAUCUUUGUUUCUUUUUUUUGGAAGUACGGAAAAAGAUAGUGUAAAUACACAACACCUGAAAGCGUUUUUCCCCGUUUGAUUAAAAAAAAAAAAAAAGAACUAGGUGUAACAACUUUUGAUUUAUUUUCCUAAAACAAUUUUCUGAUGGCAUCACAAAUGCCAUUGCCACGAAAACCCAAUUGCCAAUUGUCACUUUGCCGAAACAUUUCUCUGAAUAUUCGGUUUCAUUGAAUGACUCCCGAAUCAAUUAGUUUUUAAUAUUAUUUCGCUUAAUUUUGAUUGCUGAAAAUUCCGAAUUGGUUGUAAAAAAAUGCCCUUCGUGAUUACAAAAACUAAUAUCCCAAUCUUAGAAGAGGAUGAUUACCUACAUACCGACAAUAAUCCGAGCACGAUUGAUAAUAGAACAUAUUCUACCUACAUUUUUUCUAUAACCGGUGGUCAAAUUUGGAAAGUAUAUCGCUUGGCCCCCUUGUCCCGAAUCAGACGUGAAGCACAGCAAUUUUUUGUCGAGUUCAAUCCACGACUGUGGUUGGAAGUCAAAAUCUUAUGCUUACCGCUCAGUAACGUAGGUAAAUUUCAAAUUAAAAAAAAUAUUUCCAUAGGCAUUCUAUAACAGUUAGGCACAAUAUUGUUUGAAUCAUUUUA